GGACCCUCUCCGCCUUCUGCAGGGUCACCUUGGCCAGGCCCCCCGCGGCCCCGGGCAGCGGGUUGGCGGCCGGAGUGCUUCUCUUCCAGGCCCUGAUUUCCUCGCCCAGCCCAGGUGCAGGAUCACGCAGGCGGAGGCCUCUCCCAAUUCCGGGCGUACAAUCUGGGUUCGAGAUCGGGCUCAGCACUGUUCCCCCUGCAACGCCGGGCUCGUCCCUGCCUUGCCCUUGGCCUGUUUCCCUUAGAAUGGAAUAAGCAUGAGAGCUGGCUUGGAGCAGUCCGAGCUUCCACUGUCUUGGUGUCAGAGCUGGGACCACCAGCCCCCGCCCCCAAAGCUGAGCACCACGGGGGUCCUCGAUUUCGCCUGGACCCUCCGCGCCCAGCGCUUGCUCCAGCCUUGCCAACAUCCCACUGACCCCUGAGACCCAGCGGGACCAGGAGCGGCGGAUUCGGCGGGAGAUCGCCAACAGCAACGAGAGGAGGCGUAUGCAGAGCAUCAACGCAGGCUUCCAGUCCCUCAAGACCCUUAUUCCCCACACAGAUGGAGAGAAGCUCAGCAAGGCAGCCAUUCUCCAGCAGACUGCAGAGUACAUUUUCUCCCUGGAGCAGGAGAAGACCAGGCUCCUGCAGCAGAAUACACAGCUCAAGCGCUUCAUCCAGGAGCUUAGUGGCUCAUCUCCGAAGCGGCGGCGGGCGGAGGACAAAGACGAGGGCAUUGGCUCGCCAGACAUCUGGGAGGAUGAGAAGGCUGAGGACCUGCGGCGGGAGAUGAUUGAGCUGCGACAGCAGCUGGACAAGGAGCGCUCUGUGCGCAUGAUGCUGGAGGAGCAGGUGCGGUCCCUGGAGGCCCACAUGUACCCGGAAAAGCUCAAGGUGAUCGCGCAGCAGGUGCAGCUGCAGCAGCAACAGGAACAGGUGCGGCUGCUGCACCAGGAGAAGCUGGAGCGGGAACAGCAGCACCUGCGGACCCAGCUCCUGCCCCCUCCAGCCCCGACCCACCACCCCACGGUGAUUGUGCCGGCGCCGCCACCACCACCUCCCUCCCACCACAUCAACGUUGUCACCAUGGGUCCCUCUGUCAUCAACUCUGUGUCUACAUCCCGGCAAAAUCUGGACACCAUUGUGCAGGCAAUCCAGCACAUUGAGGGCACCCAGGACAAGCAGGAGCUGGAGGAGGAACAGCGGCGAGCCGUCAUCGUGAAGCCCGUGCGCAGCUGUCCCGAGGCCCACACUUCAGACACUGCCUCUGACUCGGAGGCCUCGGACAGUGACGCCAUGGACCAGAGCCGGGAGGAGCCAUUAGGGGAUGAGGAGCUUCCCUGACCACCCCCCCAGCCCUCCUCUCCCUUCUGGGGGCUGGAGGGGGCCGGGGAAGUGACAGGGAGCAAUGUGGGUGAACGAGUGAGAAAUUUUUACAAAAUUACUGUGUCAUUUGGGUCUCUUUUAUGACCUCUUUUUCAAUACUGUAAAUCGACCUUUGAACGGAGCCACCCAAGCCAGGGUCCUGAGGCGGGGGUGGCACAUAGUGUGUGGGAGCAUUGGGAUCCCAGGGUUGUGCCUCCACCCUGGGCUCUGGGGGAGGCCUGCACUAGGGUGUCCGGCCUCUCUCCGCCAAGAUACAUUUUCUGUUUAAACGUGUUUUUAAGAACAGGGAAAAUCAACCCCAAGGCAUUUACCCCUCCCCAGAGCUGGUCCUAUGCCUGUCAGUCCUCAACCCCCUCCCUCCUCCGUUUGGUUUUCUUCUUCUUUAAGCACUUACAUGGGUUGGGGGUUAGGCUGGGUCAGGGCUUUCUGGGGACCGGGGGUCCACGCUUCUCGGUGGGGGUUUGCUGCUGCCCUUCCCCCUCCCCCCACUCAACGCCAGGACUCACCAUUCUCCGCCCUCCUGUCCACCUCUCCCUCCAGGGCACCCCUCUUAAACCCCAGAAGUGUCUAUGUCUGUUUUUCUCUUGUUUUGUUUGUUGUUGGUUUUAGUUUUCAUUUAUUUUUUUUUCUUUCU